AUGCCUCCAAUCCCCAUUUACAAGAACGCGCCCAUUGCGCCAACGACAGGGGAAACCGCACAUGGCGCCACGCCGUCGACGGCAUCCAACGACUCCAGCACAGCAACAGCACCACCACCCACGCGCACAAUACCCGCCUACGUGCCUGCAACAACGACGCAGUCUUCCUCGUCGCCUCCCGCACCACAGCCCGGCGCGCGUCCCGUAGCCCCCACGGGAACAAUCAGCGACACGGGGAAUAAACAUGAUGAUGCUGUGCCCGCAGCGCCACAGCCCGGUCCUACACCUACACCUACAGCAACGUUGCUAACGACCGAGACACGGCAACAAGUCGGUGCGCCGCCGCUGCCACAGCAAUUCAGUCGCCCGCCGCCGCCAGACUCGAUGCUGGCGGGGCGAUCGACAAGCACAGCGAGUGCUGCUACUGCUGUUAAGCCUGGUCCAACGAUUCUCAACUACGGUCCUGCUGCUUCCCCGUUCCAGACUCAGGAUGAGGGCAAUGCCGUGCCGCAGCCUGCGCAGACGAGCGUGGAACAUCCGCCGGGCUAUGUGCAGGCGCCGGAUAAUGCGCCGUAUACUGUUGGGGGAGGCAUUGGGGGACGGCCGAGUGGAGCGGGCGACGACAGUGGACAAGGCGAGGGCGUCGGGGCGCAGGCAUGGCAAAUGUUGACCAAGGCGGGAGAAGCGUUGCGCAAGGGCGAAGAAAGUGUAUGGCGAGCGGUCAACAACAAGAACAAAUGA